CCGUCCGGCAGAGCCGUGGACACGUGGCAAUGGCAGCGGCAGUACCGGCCUUGAAGCACUGGCGCACGGCGCUGGAGCGGGUGGAGAAGUUCGUGUCACCCCUCUACUUCACUGAUUGCAACCUCCGGGGCAGGCUCUUCGGGCAACGGCACCCUGUGGCCGCGCUCUCCAGCUUCCUGACGCCCGAGCGGCUGCGCUACCAGGACGCUGUGCAGCAAGACUUCCGCCCAGCGCAGGUCGGCGAUCGCUUCGGACCAACGUGGUGGACCUGUUGGUUCCGGGUGGAGCUGAUCAUCCCCGAGGCAUGGAUAGGCCAGGAAAUUCACCUCUGCUGGGAAAGUGAUGGAGAAGGCCUAGUCUGGCGCGAUGGAGAGCCAGUCCAGGGUCUGACUACAGAGGGUGAGAAGAACAGUUACAUCCUGACCAACAGGCUGGGAGAAGGAGACCCCCGGAGCCUAACCCUCUAUGUGGAAGUGGCCUGCAGUGGGCUCCUGGGGGCUGGAAAGGGAACCAUGAUUGCUCCUCCUGACCCUGAGAAGAUGUUCCAGCUGAAGCGGGCCGAGCUGGCUGUGUUCCACCGGGAUAUCCACCUGCUCCUGGUGGACCUGGAACUACUGCUGGGCAUAGCCAAGGGCCUCGGGAAGGACAACCAGCGCAGCUUCCAGGCCCUGUACACGGCCAACCAGAUGGUGAAUGUCUGUGACCCUGCCCGACCUGAGACCUUCCCAGUGGCCCAGGCCUUGGCCUCCCAUUUCUUUGGUCAACGUGGGGGUGACAGCCAGCACACUCUCCAUGCCAUGGGCCACUGCCACAUUGAUACAGCCUGGCUGUGGCCCUUUAAGGAGACUGUGCGGAAAUGUGCCCGGAGCUGGGUGACAGCCGUAAAGCUCAUGGAGCAGAAUGCCGAUUUCAUCUUUGUCUGCUCUCAGGCACAGCAGCUCGAGUGGGUAAAGAGCCACUACCCCAGCUUAUAUGCCCAGCUUCAGGAGUUUGCCUGCCGAGGGCAGUUCGUGCCUGUGGGAGGCACCUGGGUGGAAAUGGAUGGGAACCUGCCCAGUGGAGAGGCCAUGGUGAGGCAGUUCCUGCAGGGCCAGAGGUUCUUCCUGCAGGAGUUUGGGAAGCUGUGUUCUGAGUUCUGGCUGCCAGACACAUUCGGUUACUCGGCACAGCUCCCCCAGAUCAUGCGUGGCUGUGGCAUCACGAGAUUCCUGACCCAGAAGCUGAGCUGGAAUUUGGUGAACUCCUUCCCUCACCACACCUUUCUCUGGGAGGGACUGGAUGGCUCUCCUGUGCUGGUUCACUUCCCACCUGGUGACUCCUAUGGAAUGCAGGGCAAUGUGGAAGAGGUGCUGAAGACUGUGACCAACAACCAGGACAAGGGGCGAGCCAACCACAGUGCCUUUCUCUUUGGUUUUGGUGAUGGGGGUGGUGGCCCCACUCAGACCAUGCUGGACCGCUUGAGGCGCCUGGACCACACCGAUGGGCUGCCCAGGGUGCAGCUAUCUUCUCCGGACCAGCUCUUCCAAGCACUGGAGAGUGACCAGGGCAAGCUGUGCACAUGGGUUGGGGAGCUUUUCCUGGAGCUACACAAUGGCACCUACACCACCCAUGCCCAGAUCAAGAAGGGGAACCGGGAAUGUGAGCGGAUCCUGCACGACGUUGAGCUGCUCAGCAGCCUGGCUCUGGCCCGUGGUACCCACUUCCUAUACCCAGCAGCCCAGCUACAGCACCUCUGGAGGCUCCUGCUGCUGAACCAGUUCCAUGACGUGGUGACUGGAAGCUGCAUCCAGCUGGUGGCAGAGGAUGCCAUGAAACACUACGAAGACAUCCGUUCCCAUGGCAACACACUGCUCAGUGCUGCAGCUGGUGCCCUAUGUGCUGGGGAGCCUGGGCCCAAGGGCCUUCUGGUUGUCAACACACUGCCCUGGAAGCGCACAGAAGUGCUGGCUCUGCCCAACCCUGGUGGGGCCCAGACCCUCGCCCUGGUGACCGUGCCUAGCAUAGGCUAUGCGCCUGCUCCUCCUGCCCCCACCUCGCCACAGCCUCUGCUGCCCCAGCAGCCAGUGUCCGUGAUGCAGGAGACUGACGGUUCUGUGACUCUGGACAAUGGCAUCAUCCGAGUGAGACUGGAUCCAACUGGCCACCUGACAUCCCUAAUUCUGGUGGCCUCUGGCAGGGAGGCCGUUGCUGAGGGUGCUCUGGGGAACCAGUUUGUACUGUUUGAUGAUGUCCCCUUGUACUGGGAUGCUUGGGACGUCAUGGACUACCACCUGGAGACACGGAAGCCCGUGCUAGCCCAAGCAGGGACGCUGGCUGUGGGCAGUGAGGGUGGCCUUCGGGGCAGUGCCUGGUUCCUGCUACAGAUCAGCCCCAGCAGUCGGCUCAGCCAGGAGGUCGUGCUGGACAUUGGCUGCCCCUAUGUCCGUUUCCACACUGAGGUGUACUGGCACGAGGCCCACAAGUUCUUGAAGGUGGAGUUCCCUGCCCGCGUGCGGAGCCCCCAGGCUACCUACGAGAUCCAGUUUGGGCACCUGCAGCGACCCACACACUACAACACCUCCUGGGACUGGGCUCGAUUUGAGGUAUGGACCCACCGCUGGAUGGACCUGUCUGAGCAUGGCUUCGGGCUGGCCCUGCUCAACGACUGCAAGUAUGGGGCCUCGGUGCGAGGCAACAUCCUCAGCCUAUCGCUGCUUCGAGCACCUAAGGCUCCUGAUGCCACCGCUGACAUGGGGUGCCACAAGUUCACCUAUGCACUGAUGCCACAUGAAGGCUCCUUCCAGGAUGCUGGUGUUAUCCCUGCUGCCUACAGCCUCAACUUCCCUUUGUUGGUGCUGCCAGCCCCAGGUCCGGCACCAACUACUGCCUGGAGUGCCUUUUCACUCUCCUCGCCAGCUGUUGUGUUGGAGACCAUCAAACAGGCUGAGACCAUAACUCAGAAGCGCACACUGGUCCUGCGGCUGUACGAGGCCCACGGCAGCCACGUGAACUGCUGGGUGCACACAUCGCUGCCCGUGCAGGAGGCUGUCCUCUGCGAUCUCCUGGAACGCAGAGAUCCUGCUGGCCAUCUGCCCUUUCAAGACUCACGCCUGAAGGUCACCUUUUCUCCCUUCCAAGUGAGGUCCCUAUUGCUGGUGCUCCAGCCUCCAUCAACCUGAGUACCUGGGGGUGAUGUUUUGUUUAUGUAAGGCUUUGGGACUCAGUUGCCUUCCCAGCCUCAAACAAGGACCUGUCACCUCGGGCACAAUAAAUUCUUAGGUCAGCAGCAA